GCAAAACGGCUGACUUUAGACAACAGAUAAACCAAUUGCUAUAGCGAACAAUUGCAGAGUUUUAAUAAAUUACGUGGCGUUCUAACUGCCACCUUUUUCUUCAUAAAUUUGAUGAUGGAAAUUAUAUUUUAAAAUAUUAAACCACAAAUAUUCAUACAACAUUACCUAGAUGGCCAUCGUCCAAGUGCUGCAGGUGAUACUCAUCGCCGGCUUGUCUGUGGUGGCUGUGUUCUUAGCGGUGCUUUUUGUUAUCCAAAAAGCUAUAACAAACCCAUUUCCAGUUAUUAAACGACGUAAGGAAGAGAAGCAUUUCCUCGACCCGAUAAGAAUUCAAAAUGUUGAUUUCCCCUCCGUGGAAGAUGCGCCAACUGUUGAUUUGAGUGUUAUUGUUCCAGCUUAUAACGAAGAACAGCGGUUGCCAAAAAUGUUAGAAGAAUGCAUGAGUUUUCUAGAAGAAAAGGCGAAAGAUGGAGUGUUUACUUACGAAGUCAUUGUUGUUAGUGAUGGUAGCAGCGAUGGCACAGUUUCACUUGGUCUGAAGUAUUCAAAGCGCCACACUGUGGAGAAAUUUCGAGUUUUGGAACUUUUGGACAAUAGAGGCAAAGGCGGUGCUGUUCGUUUGGGAAUGCUAAGUGCAAGGGGGCGAUACUUACUGUUUGCUGAUGCAGAUGGUGCGACCAAAUUUUCCGAUUACGAUAAGUUGGAAAAAAGUAUGAAAAGUAUUACACAAGAUUGGCAGUCAGAUGGCAUUGUGGUCGGGUCACGAUCACAUCUUGAGCAAGAUGCUAUAGCAUCACGUAGUCUAUUUAGAACACUCCUUAUGCACGGUUUUCAUUUCCUUGUAUGGCUCUUCGCAGUCCGAAGUAUACGAGAUACUCAAUGUGGCUUCAAAUUACUAACUCGUUCUGCGGCACAUACAUUAUUUGAAAACUUACACGUUGAACGUUGGGCUUUCGAUGUAGAGCUUCUAUAUAUAGCAGAACGUUUGAAAAUGCCAAUAGCCGAGGUGGCUGUAAAUUGGACAGAGAUAGAAGGCUCUAAAUUGACACCUGUAUGGUCGUGGAUACAAAUGGGAGUUGACCUAUUUUUGAUCUGGUUCAGGUAUGCGAUCGGAGCAUGGCAACUAAAUAACCAAAAUAAAAAACAUGUCUCGUAAAAGCCAACCAUUUAAUUUUAAUAAAAAAAAACUCGCGCAAACUUACGUUCCAGUACUGCUGCAUUAUUGAAACAUGUGUAUGAUUAAGCUAUAAUACCAAUUUAAGUAUUCUCAAAGUGAACCCAUCAUAUGCAUUUUUUCUAAUAAAUAUUUGAAAAAAGUAAUAAUAUCUUAUCUUCAAA